UGUGACCUCCCGUAGAGCUGCGACCUCCUUAGGGCUGCCAGAGGCACCGCCGCAAAGCGCGCCGCAAAGCUCUCUUCACACCUAAUUCAGUUCUCUUGUAGACGUAACCACCAGGUAGAUUAUAAACAAUGAGCAGCAUUGCCAAAAGCGUUUUGCGGUCGGUGAAGCACGGCCGAGCUGCGUGGCCGAGGACCGGCUCUGCCCACUCUGGGAAGCGGCGUUUUCACAGGCUGGUUUUGGGAAUAGAGACGAGCUGUGAUGACACCGGCGCUGCUGUGGUGGAUGAAGCUGGCUGUGUUCUGGGAGAAGCACUGCACUGUCAGAAGGAAGUUCAUUUACAAUCGGGAGGAAUAAUUCCCGUGGUGGCACAGCAGCUUCACAGAGAAAACAUCGACCGAGUGGUUCAAGAGGCCCUCAGUGCCAGCGGCGUUUCUGUGGCCGAGCUCGCGGCUGUGGCCACCACAGUGAAACCCGGGCUGGCUCUGAGCCUGGGCGUGGGGCUGCACUACAGCCGGGGCCUGGUCAGCAGGCACCAGACACCCUUCAUCCCCAUCCAUCACAUGGAGGCUCACGCACUCACCAUCAGGCUCACACAUCCCCUGGAAUUUCCCUUCUUAGUUCUCCUCAUCUCUGGAGGCCACUGUCUCUUGGCAGUAGCACAGGGAGUUUCAGAUUUCCUCCUGCUUGGACAGUCCAUCGACAUCGCACCGGGUGACAUGUUGGAUAAGGUGGCACGAAGGCUGUCUCUAAGAAAGCACCCAGAGUGCCACAGCAUGGCUGGGGGGCAGGCCAUAGAGCACUUGGCUCAGAGCGGGAACCAGGAGCGGCUCACCUUCCGGCUGCCCAUGCGGCAGUACCGCAACUGCGACUUCUCCUUCUCCGGACUGCAAAACAUUGUCAAUAACGCCAUUGUGCAGAAAGAAAAAGAAGAAGGUAUUCAGGAAGGUGAGAUCCUGUCCUGUGUUAAGGAUGUUGCUGCUGCUGUACAGCACGCAGUGGCUGUUCAUAUUAUCCAGAGGACAUAUCGAGCCAUGCUCUUCUGCAUCAAAAACAGCAUAUUGCCAUCAAAAAAUGCCACUUUGGUUGUAUCAGGAGGAGUUGCAAGUAAUCAGUAUAUCCGAAAAGUUCUACAGAAUCUGGCAGAUGCAAAUGAUUUUGCUUUGCUGUGUCCUCCUCCAAGACUCUGCACUGAUAAUGGUGUUAUGAUUGCAUGGAAUGGCAUUGAAAGGCUCCGUGCAGGGCUGGGGGUCCUUCACAGCAUUGCUGGCGUCCGCUACGAGCCAAGAGCUCCCCUGGGAAUUGAUAUUUCAAAAAGAGUUGAAGAAGAUUCCAUCAAGGUCCCAAAAUUAAAAGAGAUACGAUGGUUGGCAUCUUAAAAAGUAACUUAAUAAAAUAAAUAGUUCAAUGAAAA